UACAUAGCUAACAUUUUGGAGCGAAAUUUAUACGAAGAAAUAGUUUGACAUUUCUUUAGUCCUUUCCUGAAACAAUGAGCGGAUUGCCUCCUGGUUGGGAAGAGAAGGUAUCAAAAUCCACGGGGAAGACUUAUUACUUCAACAGACGAACAAACGAAAGUCGAUGGGACAAGCCUAGUGAAGGUGAAAGCGACAAGGUUCGCGCGUCGCAUUUAUUGGUGAAACACACCGAGUCAAGGAGGCCGUCGUCUUGGAAGCAAGACAAGAUAACACGGUCUCGAGAUGAAGCUUUAGAAAUAAUUAAAGGUUAUCGCGGACGUAUUGAGUCAGGAGAAAUCACCCUUGAGGAUCUGGCAAGCACAGAAAGUGAUUGUAGUAGUGCUAAGAAUAAAGGAGAUUUGGGAUUUUUUGGACCAGGACAGAUGCAAAGACCAUUUGAGGAAGCAACGUUUGCCUUAAAGAUUGGUGAAUUAAGUGAACCAGUGUUUACAGACUCUGGUAUUCAUUUGAUUCUCAGGACACAAUAAAGCAAGUCAACAAGUUCAAGAACCACAUAGAUAUGUAAAUUCUAGACUAAUAAUUUGUCAUUCAAUAACUUGAAUGAGAUCUUUAAUCAGCAAACUUGACUCGAACAUAGUAUGUACAUGAAGGAAUGGCGAGUUGCAGUCAUGUAAUGUACCAGAAUCAGAUUGACUAUCGUUAGCAAUAAUUUUUUUUUUCUCAGAACAUCCCAUAAGUACUGUAACCUGCUGAAAGUAACUUUAGGUAGUAGCAACUAAACAGUUAUAAUCUUCUACUUAAAAAGUAUAUCAUGUAACAAUGUGCAUCUCUAGUAAAUACUAGACGUCUAUUCCUCCAAGUCAUGGUAGCAAAACCUACAUUUUAUUCAGCUGAAAACUAUACUGUCCAGUAAAUGUUUCUAGAUUUUUUUUUCAUGCAACCUAUCAAAUCAGGGCAAGAUGAAACCAAAAAAACACCCUUAAAGUUGCAAGCGUCUAGUGAUAUUCAGGAAGUUUGUUUCCAUCAGUUUUGAUGUAACAUAUCAAACAUAAGAGACAUUGUUUCACCAGGAUAUCCAAACACCAAUAAGGGAGUUGAAAAUAAGACAA